CCAACUUUUGUUCACCCAUUUCCCCCAUGAACGGUCUUGUCGGCUCUUCCCUUCCUCUCCUCAUUUUCUCUGCCUUCAAACCUCUCUCUCUCUCUCUCUCUCUCUAGAGUUCAGUAUUAGGCUGGCUGGAAAACCACCUAAUGCAAUGACAAUCAACUGCAUAACGAACAAACCAAUGACUCAGCCACAUAAAGAAGAGCAAAGGCCUUUAGUUUUCGACGCCUCCGUUCUCCAAAACGAGGCCGACAUACCCAAACAGUUCAUAUGGCCCGACCACGAGAAGCCCUGCGCCUCCGCGCCGGAGCUCCCGGUGCCCCUCGUCGACCUCCGCGGCUUCCUCUCCGGCGACGCGAGCUCCGCCGAGAAGGCGUCGCGGCUGGUGGGGCAGGCCUGCCGGAAGCACGGGUUCUUCCUCGUGGUCAACCACGGUGUGGACCCCGCGCUCGUGUCGGACGCUCACCGCUACAUGGACUCGUUCUUCGAGCUGCCGCUAUGCGAGAAGGAAAGGGCGCAGAGAAAAGUCGGGGAGCAUUGCGGGUACGCCAGUAGUUUCACCGGAAGGUUCUCUUCCAAGCUUCCCUGGAAAGAAACUCUUUCUUUCCAGUACUGCGCCGAGGAGAACUCGUCUAACAUUGUCCAAGACUAUUUCAAGAAGACAAUGGGCGAAGAAUUCGUCCGGUUCGGGCAAGUUUACCAAGAGUAUUGCGAUGCAAUGAGCAGUCUAUCGUUGGGGAUCAUGGAGCUGCUGGGGAGGAGCCUGGGAGUGAGUCGUCAAGAGCAUUUCAAGGAAUUCUUCGAAGAGAACGAGUCGAUAAUGAGACUGAACUACUACCCGAGGUGCCAGAAGCCGGAGCAGACCUUAGGAACUGGGCCUCAUUGUGAUCCAACUUCUUUGACAAUCCUGCACCAAGACUCGGUUGGUGGGCUCCAAGUGUUUGUAGAUGACCAAUGGCACUCUAUUGCCCCUAACUUCAAUGCCUUUGUCGUUAACAUUGGCGACACCUUCAUGGCUCUAUCUAAUGGAAGAUACAAAAGUUGCCUGCACCGAGCAGUGGUAAACAACAAAACUCCUAGGAAAUCCCUUGCUUUCUUCCUUUGUCCAAAGAAGGAUAAGGUGGUGACCCCACCAGCGGAAUUAGUGGACGAUAAUAACCCCAGGAUAUAUCCCGACUUCACGUGGCCUACCCUGCUCCGCUUCACACAGAAACACUACCGAGCCGAUAUGAACACCCUUGAAGCUUUCUCCAAAUGGGUUUCAUCAGAAAACAGCUGAGGUGCUCUCUCUCAUUAAAUAAAAGGCAUCCAAUUACAAGUUUGCA